UUCCCUUCCUUCCAUUAAAAUCUCUCUCCUCCCUUUUCCUCCGUUGAAUCAAACAUACCCUUAUUUUUUCCUACAGGAGGGAACGACACAUCCAGAAUCUCAGCUCACUGAAAUAUAAAAUACCCAGCUCUAAAAGCUUUUCGCAAUUCGGCUUGGUAGAGGCGCGAGGAAAAUGACGAUAAUGAGAUUGAUUAGUCGUUUGAUUCUCCCAAAAUCGUCACCGUCUCCUGUUCCACGGUGGUUGAGCACAGUGGCUGCGGAAUCGGCGGCGGAGGCAGAGGCAGAGACGGCGGCGCGGCGUAAGAAGAGAACCCGUCUCUUCUAUCAAGUGGUUAAUAAGGCCAAGUCCGACCUGUCGCGCGUGCCACACGUUCUCAAUAAGUGGGUGAACCAAGGAAAUGAGGUCGGGAGACCCGAUAUUCUCAACAUCACUAAUUAUUUCCGCAAUCGCAAGUAUUUCAAGGCCGCCCUUCAGAUCUACAGCUGGAUGGAAAGCCGCAACAUGGAAAUAACUAAUGUCGACAAGGCCGCACUCAUUAACCUCCUAUACAGAACUGAGGGCAUAGCCUCCGCGGAAAAUUACUUCAAUACCCUCCAAGAAUCCGAAAAGACCAGCAAAACCUAUGGCGCCCUCCACUGCUGCUACUGCCAGCAGAAGCUCCUCGACAAGGCAGUCGACACUUUCGACCUCAUGAAAUUACUCAACUUCCUGACCACUCUAAACUGCAACAACAUGCUCCGUCUCUACUACAACAUGGGGAAAUACGAAAACGUCUUCUCCAUUGUCCAAGAUAUGGAGGACAAAAACGUCCCUCUCGACGCCUACUCUUACAACAUGCUGAUCAACAGCCACAAUGCCCUCAAGAAUGUUGACGCCAUCGACAGUGUUGUCGAGAAAAUGAAAAGCGAAAACGUGCCGGACGAUUGGUUCACGUUAGGGAAUCUCGCCACCGUUUAUUUCAAUUCGGGCUUUCCAGAGAAGGCAAAGGCUUUUCUCGACAGGAUGGAAAAAACGCAUGCCAGGCCAGAAAAAGAUUUGAUUGAGGCCUGCCGAAUCCGAAUCAAGCUGUUUUCCCAGAUGAAUGAUCUGCAAGGCGUGCUUCGGGCUUGGCGGGCCCUUAAGUUGGAUAUCCCAAAGCCCAACACUAUUUGCUACCUCUUCACGCUGAUAGGUCUUGCGAAGGUCGGGGAUGAGGAAAGCCUGGAGAAGAUUUUCAAGGAGUGGGAGGAGAGCAAGUUGAGCUUUGACCCCAAGGUGUCGAACGUGCUCUUGGAGUAUUAUCUGAAACGGGACAUGAUGCAUAAAGCGAAUUGUUUGUAUGCGAGUUUGGUUGAAAGGAAGAAAGUGCCCAAUUUGAGGAUGCUGGACUUGUUUGCAGCUCUGAGUGUGAAAAAUGGUGAUGUGGAGUCGGGGAUGAAGCAUUUGGAGAUGGGUUUGGAUAAGACAAAAUUGUGGGAGAGCGAUUGGUUUCCUUCAGAUGAGACGGUUAAAUUGUUUUUGAAAUAUUUUGAGGAGAAUGAUGAUCCAGUGAGGGCAGGCUUGUUUGCUGAGAGAUUGAAGGGCUUGAAACAUGUGGAUUUGGGUGCUCUGGAUGCUAAUGUUAAGGUUUCGGAUGUCGAAAAUUAGCAUCUGAUAUCUUAUUUCAUUAGAGGUUAGUUUGGUAGUUGGUGUUGUGUAAGAAGAUGAUGUCUAAUUCCGUUUUGGUACUGAUUUUUUUAUUGGUAAACUUGAAAGUUUCAUCCUUGCCCUGCCCUGAAAGAGUUUCUUUUAUAGGAAAAUGAUCGAUUAUAUAAAAAAAAAAGUUCUUGAGAAAACCACUGAUUAGACUUAGACAUAGAACAUUACACUGGAAAAAAAAGGUCAUCACAUGCUUAUGUCUAUACAACACAUUUGCUAGGAGGGCUCGGCAAUUCUAGCUCUGCCAAUAUGUUAG